ACACAGGUCCGCCGUGUUGUCUUGAAAGCAUUCAUUGACUAUGUGUUAGCAGGGCACCUUUUCUGCCAAAAUCUCCAGCGCCUUAAGUUGAUGUUUUACAGAUUCCACAGAGUAAUUUCCAAACCACUGUUUCAUUAUCGGAAGCUACUUUUGUGUUUCGUAACUCACGAAAACUGACCUCCAAAAUGGCAUUUCAGUAUCCACAGGCUUACCGCGACGAGGCAGUUGUGGAUGACUAUCAUGGACAGAAAGUACCAGAUCCAUACAGCUGGCUUGAAGAUCCUGACAGUGAGAAGACACAGGCUUUUGUAAGCGCUCAGAACCAGCUGACGUUGCCGUUUUUAGAACGAUGUGAGGUGCGGGAUCUGUUCAAGGGGCGCAUGACUGAGCUAUAUGAUUACCCCAAGUAUAGCUGUCCCUUCAAGAGGGGAAGCAGGUACUUUCACUUCUACAAUACUGGUCUGCAGAACCAGAGUGUAAUGUAUGUGCAGGAGAGCCUGGUUGCUGAACCCACAGUGUUUUUGGAUCCAAACACAUUUUCUGAUGAUGGGACCGUUGCCUUGCGAGGUUAUGCAUUCUCUGAGGAUGGAGAGUACCUGGCAUACGGCACCAGUGCAAGUGGUUCUGACUGGGUGGAGAUCCGAUUCCUCCGCGUUGAAGGGGCUGUGCCUCUGGAAGACCGCCUGGAGCGAGUCAAGUUUAGCUGCAUGUCCUGGACCCAUGAUGGGAAAGGCCUUUUCUACAACUCCUACCCUGACCAGGAGGGCAAAAGUGAUGGUACCGAGACCUCCACCAACCUUUUCCAGAAGCUUUACUUCCAUGUUCUGGGGACUCCACAGUCUGAGGAUGUGCUGUGUGCUGAGUUCCCAGACCACUCUAAAUGGAUGAGUGGAGCUGAAGUGUCAGACGAUGGGCGCUAUGUGCUGCUGUCCAUCAGGGAAGGUUGUGAUCCAGUUAACAGACUGUGGUAUUGCGACCUCGAGACUACACCUCAGGGUAUUACAGGACUUUUGCCAUGGGUGAAACUAAUCGACAACUUUGAUGCCGAGUACGAGUACGUCACCAACGAGGGCACAUUGUUCACGUUUAAAACCAACCUAGACGCCCCUCGUUACCGCCUCAUCAACAUUGACUUUGCUUCUCCGGCUCAGAGCAACUGGAAGGAGCUCAUCCAUCAACAUGACAAGGACGUUAUUGUGUUUGCCACCUGUACAUACUCCAGUUACCUGUUUGUGUGUUUCCUGCACGACGUGAAGAAUGUGUUGAAAAUGUACCGCUUGAGUUCAGGGGAGGAGCUGAGGACCUUCCCUCUGGACGUUGGCUCCGUGGUGGGAUUCACAGGGCGGAAGAGAGACUCUGAGAUCUUCUACUAUUUUACUUCUUUCCUCUCUCCAGCCAUCAUUUACCACUGUGACCUGACCAAGGAACCACUGCAGCCCCACAUCUUUAGAGAGGUCACUGUCAAGGGCUUCAACCCCUCUGACUACCAGACCACCCAGAUCUUCUAUCCCUCCAAGGACGGGACUCAAAUUCCCAUGUUUAUCGUUCACAAGAAGGGCAUAAAAUUGGACGGCUCUCAUCCGGGCUUUCUUUACGGCUAUGGUGGUUUUAACAUCUCCAUAACACCGAGCUACAGCGUCUCUCGCCUCAUCUUUGUCAGACACCUGGGGGGCGUCCUCGCUGUCGCCAACAUCCGAGGAGGAGGAGAGUACGGGGAGACCUGGCACAAAGCUGGCAUGUUGGCCAACAAGCAGAACUGCUUCACAGACUUCCAGUGUGCAGCCGAAUACCUCAUCAAAGAGGGAUACACGUCUCCUUCUAAACUGACUAUAAACGGAGGCUCUAAUGGUGGUCUUCUUGUCGCUGCAUGUGUCAACCAGCGGCCUGAGCUGUUCGGUUGCGCAGUAGCUCAAGUAGGCGUCAUGGACAUGUUGAAAUUCCACAAGUUCACCAUCGGUCAUGCCUGGACUACAGACUUUGGUUGCUCAGAAGACAAGGACCAGUUUGAAUGGCUCAUUAACUACUCCCCGCUGCAUAACAUCCGUAUCCCUGAAGGCAACGGGGUCCAGUACCCGGCGGUUCUCCUGCUGACAGGUGACCACGACGACCGGGUGGUGCCUCUCCACUCCCUAAAAUACAUCGCCACCCUGCAGCACAUCGUAGGUCGCAGCGUCAAGCAGACAAACCCUUUGUUCAUCCUUGUGGACACAAAAUCCGGCCACGGCGCCGGCAAGCCCACCAGCAAGGUCAUCCAGGAGGUCGCCGACACGUACGCCUUCAUCGCUCGCUGUCUCAACAUCUCCUGGGUCAAAUAACCUGUACCUCCUAUUAACGUGUGUAUGUUUUGUUUUGUUUUUUUUUCCCAUAUCAUUUUGGGAUACUGUUCUUACCAGCUGUUCAUAUUGUCUUUUAAAUCUGUUGUCGUCUUUUAGUUCGUGUUUAACCAGCCGCCAGGUUUCACUCGUUUACUCAUUUCUUCUUCGUUUCUAAUGUUUUGUUUCUUCCCUGACAGCGCACAGACUCAUUUGCAUUACCGGCUGCACUUCGAACACUACAAGCCAACGUGCAGCUCUUACCGCUAAAUUAUCUUCUCGCUGCCAUCGAUGUUUGUGUUCUAAUUAAAAGAAGAGAGAAAAAAAAAGAACGAAGAUGUAAAAAAAAAUAAGACGAGCGCGUAAAAGAAGGUGUACAGAUCAGCCAAUCAGUAACAGUCAUGAGGUCAGAGUGGCAGAAUUUCAAUUUCAACUGGAGAUCAUGGUUGGAUUAUUUUCAUUGUUGGGAGUUUCAACAUGCUCCAGGUGCUCCAAUAUCAUUAUUUCGUUAUUUAUUAAUGAUUUGUGCAAAAGAUGGAGGCUAUCGAUUGGUGAACGGCGAGAUAUUAUUGUGCAAAAACAUAAUACUGCAAGUCAACAGUAUUGCUUUGUAUGUAAGAGUAAACUUGCAAAAACAAAAAAAAAUUCAAUCGUAUGUGUGUGGAUGCAUGUGUGUGAGUGUUUGUCAGUCCCCAUAUUUCUUUUAGACUGAUAAUGAUUUCUACCUCUUGACAUGUGCUGAUUGUUUGCCUUUUAAAGGGAACAAAACACAAUGCCACAGUUAACAAUAAACUUUUUAAACAGUGA